GAUGAUAACAACAAGAUUAAAAGGCAUGGUGAUGAUAUUGAGGGGUAUGAUGAUGGAAACAAGAUUAAAAGACAUGGUGAUGAUAUUGAGAGGUAUGAUGAUGACAACAAGAUUAAAAGGCAUGGUGAUGAUAUUGAGAGGUAUGAUGACGACAACAAGAUUAAAAGACAUGGUGAUGAUAUUGAGAGGUAUGACGACAACAAGAUUAAAAGACAUGGUGAUGAUAUUGUAAGGUAUGAUGAUGACAACGAGAUUAAAAGACAUGGUUAUGAUAUUGAGAGGUAUGAUGAUAACAACAAGAUUAAAAGACAUGGUGAUGAUAUUGAGAGGUAUGAUGAUGACAACAAGAUUAAAAGACAUGGUGAUGAUAUUGAGAGGUAUGAUGAUGACAACAAGAUUAAAAGGCAUGGUGAUGAUAUUGAGAGGUAUGAUGAUGACAACAAAAUUAAAAUCCAUGGUGAUGAUAUUGGGAGGUAUGAUGAUGACAACAAAAUUAAAAUCCAUGGUGAUGAUAUUGGGAGGUAUGAUGAUGACAACAAGACUAAAUGGCAUGGUGAUGAUAUUGGGAGGUAUGAUGAUGACAACAAGAUUAAAAGACAUGGUGAUGAUAUUGAGAGGUAUGAUGAUGACAAGAUUAAAAGACAUGGUGAUGAUAUUGAGGGGUAUGGUGAUGACAACAAGAUUAAAAGACAUGGUGAUGAUAUUGAGAGGUAUGACGAUGACAAGAUUAAAAGACAUGGUUAUGAUAUUGAGAGGUAUGAUGAUGACAACAAGAUUAAAAGACAUGGUGAUGAUAUUGAGAGGCAUGAUGAUGACAACAAGAUUAAAAGGCAUGGUGUUGAUAUUGAGAGGUAUGAUGAUGACAACAAGAUUAAAAGGCAUGGUGUUGAUAUUGAGAGGUAUGAUGAUGACAACAAGAUUAAAAGACAUGGUGAUGAUAUUGAGAGGUAUGAUGAUGACAACAAGAUUAAAAGGCAUGGUGAUGAUAUUGAGAGGUACGAUGAUGACAACAAGAUUAAAAGACAUGGUGAUGAUAUUGAGAGGUAUGAUGAUGACAACAUAUAUUAUAUUAUAUUGGGAUUUUUUUUCUGUACUAAAGACUGA